UUCCCUUCCUUCCUUCCUCCCCGGCCUCCUCUCUCUCUCCCACUCACUCACGCGCACACAGACAGAGCUAGCCCAAGGAAGGGAAGAGGAAUUGCCAUUUCGGGAAAGGAGGCGGGGAAUCCAUGGCCGCUGGCGACGUCGCGACGGUAUUCCUCGACACGAUCCUCGGCACCCGCCUCGCCGUCUCCUUCCCCACCUCCUCCACCACCGUCGCCGACCUCAAGCGCAUAGUGAGCCAUGAGCACGCCGCAUGUUUCCCCCACCUUGGCCAGAUCGCCGUCCAAUCCAUCAAGGUCGACCAGGGAGGCUCCUGGUUCCACCUCGCCGACUCCAUGGCCGUCCGGGAUGCCUUCCGGUUCCAAGGGAUCAACGAGCGCUGGCACCUGCAGGUAGACGCAUCUCUGCAGGUCGACCAAGGGAUGGCCACCCAGGGACACAGCGGCGGCGCAAGCUCUGCAAAUCACUCUGCACCCGCGCCUGGUCGUCAUGGAUACCAGGGGUCGUCGAGCAGGAUGAGAUCAAGCUCCGAGACGCUGCCUGAUCAUGUCGAAGCUGAAGCUGAAGUUAACCCCACUGAAAGUGAAAGGGAGCAGCCAUUGUCAGCCAAGGGCGAACGAAGCAGCAACGGGGCAGAAAAAGACAGAGAACAGGGGACAUGGAAGAGAAGGCUGCGGCACAGGACUCAAGUUGGUAAGACAAGAAUUACUUUGUCAAGCAACAACAGCAGCCGCAGCAGCUCGGAGUCGGAGGAAAUGGACAUGAACACCGUCGACGCGCCGGCGCCAGCGCCGACACGGAACGCGGCGACGCCGCAGUUCGUCGUCGAGCUCAAGAAAUGCCACUUUGCCAAGCGGAGCGGGCAGUACCUGAACGUCCCGCGGGCAUUCAGCAAGGCGCACGGGUACACCGAGACGAAGAAGGUGGUGCUGAGGAUGGGGGGCAAGUCAUGGAGCGUCAACCUCAAGCACGGCCUCAACAGCAGCGGCAUGGCCCGCACGUCCCUCCGGUACGGCUGGCACCAGUUCUGCGUCGACAACCGCCUCUGCGUGGACGAGACCUGCUUCUUCCGGGCCCUUCCCGGAGGCGGCGGUGGCGACCGCCAUGUCCAUGAGCUCAAGGUGGAGGUACGCAGGCUUGACGGCAGCUACACAAGCUGAUGUGCCUCCGUCCGUUGCCAUCUCAUCAAGGACAUCUUAAAUCAGAAUGCAAUGCAUGGCAUCGUGGUAGGCCAAGAUUAAUCUGGACUUGGCUCCUUUCAUAUAUGUAUUGUCUCGCUUGGAUAUGCUGCUUUCUGUCAACCUUCUCAUUUCUCAGAUUAUCAGCUUCGUGGACAAUCUAAAAUGAAUUGUGCUAGCUUCUAUCUGUAGAACCUAGAACCUGAAGAAUGUAUUGUGUGCUAGCUGCUUUCUGACAAUGUAUUCUGCUAGCUUUUAUCCGUGGAAUAUGAAGGUGUGGUCUCACUUUCAGCC